AAAAACGACCCCGCUUCCGUUCGAACAGAGGACCCUUCCUCGUUCUCCAAGCUCAAACACCAUUACCCCACGCCACUCCGACACUCUUGAGCUCACUCUGGGCGCCAGUACCCGUUUUCAGUCCCUUCAUUCAAAACCCCCUCUUUCCUUACGACACCCACUGCACCCUCCCCAUCUCGACCAGAAGCGCCGCCGUCCCGCCAGCACAUCAAUCACGAAGCCCCAAUCUCCCUAAAUCAGCCUCUUCUGAACUCACCCAAACCCGUUUUCACCGCCCCCACGGUUCUUGCAAUCCCAGCCUUCACGCAUCUCUGGUUUCGACAGCUUCAGUAUGAGGUAGUCUGCCCCUUACAGCCCCAAACCUCUAUUCCGAGAGGUACCAGCGUUUCAGGCCAGCCACAUACUUCACCUUCAGCUUCUCAGUCCAGAGACUUGGUGAGAAGAAAUUUAAUUGAAGGGCAAAAGCAUUUUCUUGGCCUUUCUAUUGCACUGAAGUGGAAGGAGUUGGAACAUAUGAGAUGAGAUGCUUCACAGAGUUUCUAGGUGUUGCUUCUGCACUGCUGUUGCACGACCAUGGCUUUUUGUUGGCUUGGGAAAUCCUGGCGAGAAAUUCAAAGGAACUCGACAUAAUCAGGUGGGUUUUGAUAUGAUUGAUGCAUUUGCUGAAUCACAAGGGGUUUUGAUGAAUACAGUUCAUUGCAAAGCUAUCUUUGGAGAAGGUUUUGUUGGUGAAGCACCAUUUCUUCUUGCAAAGCCUCAAACUUACAUGAAUCUGAGUGGUGAAUCUACUGGGCCACUUGCGGCUUACUAUAAGCUACCUCUGAAUCGUGUCAUUGUGGUUCAUGAUGAUAUGGACUUGCCAUGUGGAGUGCUUCGACUUCAACACAAAGGAGGACAUGGAAGGCACAAUGGUCUGAAAAGUGUCAUCUAUCAUUUUCGAGGAAAUAGAGAAUUUGCUCGGCUGAGAAUCGGAAUUGGGAGGCCUCCGGGUCAAAUGGAUCCCAAAGCUUUCUUGUUACAGAAGUUCAAUGCAACUUUUCGAGAGCGAAUUGAUACUGCCAUACCAGAGGGAGUUGGUGCAUUAAAAUGCCUUUUAUCAAAAGGCUUGAAAGAUUGUGCAACACAUUUCAACCAAGAACAGAAGUACAAGCAUUUAAGAUCAGAGCACGCCUAGGCUAGGUGUUGGAUUUAUUUUACAUAAUUUCACUGAUCCUUAGAUGUGUUGAAACUCUUUCUGAAGAAUUCUCUUUUAUGAAUAUAGUUGUCCGCCCAAAUAUUGUGGGCGUAUCAGAGGUAAAAGUUGAAAGUUUUACCAUUUUUUUUAAUGAUUACAUCCUGAUUUUUUAUUUAAAAUUUUGAACAA